AUGCCCUUCCGCUCUUCCAAAGUUCAAUCUCGCAUCAUGGAAGCCGACUCCCGCCCCUCCCUCUCAAUCUCAUUCCUAGACCUCCCGUCGCCGUUUCACGCCUCUCACCUGAAUCCCUACUCGCCACACAACUCACCUUCAACCAACCUAUCCUCCCCUCCAGAUACUUCCAACCAGAGCCCCAGAUACACAGGCAUCUACGACCGGCCCAAUACCCACGGAAUCUCUAAUAACUUAUCGUCCAGCACCUCCUCAUGGUGGCCUAUUGGCAACGCCUUCAAGCACAACUAUAACAAACUCGACGAAGCCAAUGAUGAGGGCUUGUUAACGCAAUCACAUGGUGUUGAGGUUGAUAUCAUUGAAGAUGCGAUGCUACAGAGAACGCUGCGGAGGAGGCUAUUCUGGGAGUUAAUCGCUCUUGGAGGCCUAUUGGUCUUUCUGCUGGGUAUCAUCGUGCUGUGUAUUAGAGGUACUGGCGGGAUGAGAAUGGAUGGUAGAAUCUUGGCAAGGGAUUAA